UCAGGAGUCCGCUCCGGUCAAACUCUGCUGUCGCACAUCAUUUCUCAAGCAUGCUUGUGAACGGAGGAUGAGGAUCUUUUACAGAAUCUUUGAAUCUGCUCAAACUCAUCGCAAGAUUCCUGUCAUUGUGCAUCACAGCCAUUUCAGUUCUGCUUCUCCUUGUUCUGGUUUUACCGUGAAAUCAGUAAUGGAGCACAAACUGUACAGGCCCCCUCCAGAGGUCCGGGGCAUGACCUCUCUGGAUAAAGAUGCUUUCACACAGACUAUCACAGUUCCAGCUUUACGGGUUCCAACUGGGGUUAUAAAUAAAAUUAUGAAAAGCCUGAAAAAGGCUACUAUCCAGCGGCCCGGUGUGCCCAGAGUGGUUCAAGACAAAGAAGGAAAUUGUGACUUUCGAUUAAUCCUGCUGGACCCCAAUAGAAUGUCCUCAUCAAGCUCUUUUAGUGAUGCUGAAGCUGAGGCCCUCAGAUCCUUUAGUGUCUCUGACGAGCUGCACGACUUCGAGCUGAAGUUGACAUAUGACAACCUGAAAACGGAAGAAGUGUUGGAGGCGGUGCUCCCUGAGGGUCAGGACGUGACGUCGGGGUUCAGCCGAGUGGGACACAUCGCACACAUGAACCUGAGAGACCACCAGCUUCUCUACAAGAAUCUCAUAGGUCAGGUGAUUAUGGACAAAACCCCUGGUAUCACCUGUGUGGUCAAUAAAACAAACAUUAUUGACUCAACUUACCGUAACUUCAAGAUGGAGGUGCUGGCUGGAGAAGAAAACAUGGUGGCCAAAGUAAAAGAAAAUGGAGUGGCAUACGAGUUUGAUUUCUCUCGUGUUUAUUGGAACCCUCGCCUCAGCACGGAGCACGAGCGAGUGGUACAGCUCGUCAAACGCGGGGACACCAUGUUUGAUGUGUUCGCCGGCGUCGGGCCCUUCACCAUCCCAGCUGCCCGCCGGGGCGCCAACAUUUUUGCCAAUGACCUCAACCCGGAGUCCUACAGAUGGCUGCAGCACAACUGCAAACUCAACAAGGUGGAGAGCAGAGUCCAGACCUUCAAUCUGGAUGGCAGAGAGUUCAUCCGGGGACCUUUGAAGCAGGAGCUGCCUGCUCUUCUGAAGGGCGGGGCUGGCGUUCACGUGGUGAUGAACCUGCCUGCAUUAGCCCUGGAAUUCCUGGAUGCUUUCAGGGGCCUCCUGAAAAACGAACCCCCCUGUGACCUGAACCUCCCCACAGUGUACUGCUAUGGCUUCUCUAAGGAUGACAACCCCGACGCAGACAUGGUGAAGAGGGCUUCCAGCAGCCUCGGAUUCCCACUGGAGAGCAAGAGCACUGUGCACUUUGUGCGUAAUGUGGCACCCAACAAAGAUAUGAUGUGUAUAAGAUUCACUCUUCCCAAGGAGAUCCUCUUCUGCAAAAACGAUGAGCCUCAAGGGCAAUCGGAGGAACCAGCUCCCAAGAGACAAAAAUGUGAAGAAAUGAACAAUCCUGAGUGAUUAAAUUAAAAUGUCAUGUAUUUUUUUCCAAUUUUUAUGUAUUUCAUUACUUUUUU